CGCGCACGCCCUCCCCGAUCCUGCCCCUCUCUCUCUCUCUCUCUGUCUUGUCUGUGUGCUCCGCUCUGCCCGGGCUGAGCCGGCUGCUGCUGCUGCUGCGGAUCCGCUCGGGGGGCUCCGGGAAUGCGAAGCGAUGGCAGCGUCGGCCAGCGAGGAGAGCGCCUUCCGCAGGUUCCUGGAGCUGCUGCUGCGCCAAUUCCGGGGCCCCUUCGGCGAGGAAGACCCUGUCCCCCUCCGGCCGGUCUCCAACCACAUCACCGAGGAGGAGCUGGAGGGCGAGUGCUUGGACCUGUGCCUCCAGCAUCUCUGCAGAUAUAAUGCCCCUUUCUCAUUGGCUGCGGCGUUGGCAAGAGCAACAACAAAUGAAAUUCUUCAGAGUGACCUUUCUGCUCUCCAUUAUGUGCCGAAACUUCUGGAUGGGACUGACGGGGUCACACAGUUUGACUCGACAAGGCUGUCCCGAAUGGUGUUCAACAAACUCCAUGAAAUCUGUUGCAGCUGGGUGAAAGACUUGCCAUUGACACGAAGAACUCAUCCCUAUUUUGAAACAUCCAUUCAUGCCAUCAAAAACAUGCGCAGGAAGAUGGAGGACAAACAUGUCUGUCUGCCAGACUUCAAUACUCUCUUCAAUCUAGAGGACCAGGAGGAGCAGUCAUUUUUUGCUGUGUUCGAUGGACAUGGAGGAGUGGAUGCCGCAAUCUAUGCCUCCAUCCACCUUCACGUGAACCUCGUCCGACAGGAGAUCUUCCAGCACGAUCCAGCGGAGGCCCUGUGUCGAGCCUUCCGCCUUACGGAUGAGCGGUUUGUUCAAAAGGCCGCCCGGGAGAACCUGCGAUGUGGAACAACUGGUGUGGUGACUUUUAUGCGCGGGAACAUGCUGCACGUAGCCUGGCUGGGUGACUCCCAGGUGAUGUUGGUGCGCAAGGGCCAGGCAGUGGAACUGAUGAAACCUCACAAACCCGACAGAGAGGAUGAAAAGCAGCGAAUUGAAGCGCUCGGAGGCUGUGUGGUGUGGUUCGGGGCUUGGCGAGUUAAUGGAAGCCUUUCUGUUUCCAGAGCCAUCGGCGAUGCCGAGCACAAGCCGUACAUCUGCGGCGAGGCGGACAGCGACUCCACCGUGCUGGACGGCACCGAAGACUACCUCAUCCUCGCCUGCGAUGGUUUCUACGACACCAUGGAGCCCGAGGAGGCGGUCAGGGUGGUGUCCGAUCACCUCAAGGAGAACAACGGCGACAGCAGCAUGGUGGCUCACAAGCUCGUGGCGAGCGCGCGGGACGCGGGCUCGAGCGACAACAUAACGGUCAUCGUGGUGUUCCUGCGCGACCUGAGCGCGGCGGCGGAGGAAGAGGGCGGGGCCAACGGUCACUCCAAAUGGACCGGGAACUCAUUCGACGGCGCGCAGGGAGACGGCGGUGAUGACAAAGAGAACCGCGGCGACUAUCAGGGCUCUCGAGCCCAGCACCAAUAUGGCGCCGCCUCAGAGUUGACGCAAGACACGCGGGAGGACUCACUCACUGACAGAACUAGCCUGGCUCUGGGACCCCCGACGGGAGGGGUCCUCCCGGUGGCAGCCGGUGCCAAAGAAAGGCCCGCGGGGCGGUGCGGGCCCGAGGAGCCGGGUAGGGCUCCGAGCCUGCGGGAACGCAGGGACUUGGCGUCGGGCGCCGUCCGGCACCGGAAGAGCCGGCCCGCGGGGCGCUCGAGGAGGCAGGGCCGGGCGGAGAGGCCGGCUCCCUGCUUCCCCGGGGCCCUGGCGGCCAGGCAGCGAGGCCUCAGCCGGCGGGCCAGCAGCAAAACCGAGAGGAAUCACAGCGGCUCAGUACACCGGGCACCGCGGCAGAGAAAACCGGGCAGUGGCUGCGGCUCCGGGGCAGUGGUGACUCCUGACAGCUGGCGUGGGCAGGUGCCAGUCAUCUCCAGUAGCUCAUGUCGACUUCAGCAGCAGUAAUCAUGCUUUCCCAGUCUAACCUUCCCUACCCGUCACUAGACUGGAAUUGUUUACUCCCCUGUUCCUAGGCAAUCCUCACCUCACUCUAGCUAAUUUAUAAUUAAACUCAGUAAUCUUGACGUUAUCUUAUAUUCCCGGCCUAGGCAUAGUCAGCUGAAGCCCAUAAACUGUAAGCCAUGCUGCCCAGGAAAGAUCAUAUCUUAAACUGGUUUCUGUAGACUGAGCAGCAUCACUGGCAUUUUACCUCCAAUAAUCUCACUCCCCCUACUCUUCCCAGGACAUUUCGUGACGCCCGAUAGCCAGCUGCCAGGAGUGGGGCAUGGGUGGUGGAGAGGAAAUUUGUCAUAUUCCGACCCACUUGUCUGAUACGUAGCAGGAGUCAGCAAUUCAGUUUUUCAAGCGUUCUCUGCUAUGCCGUACCUGUUGAUCCCUUUAGUCCCCAAGUUCCACAAGUGACAUACACGUGCUGCAAUUUCUGACUUGCCUCUGUGGUCAAGCAGCUCCCUUUUCACCCAGUAAGAGUGCAUUUAUUUUUUUAAAAAACAAUUUCAGCAGUAUUGCUGGCUGGCAGUGCCAGUCAUUUUUUUUGCCAGUUACACUCGGUCGGGGGAGGGGAGAACUAGUUGAAAGCAACUGAAUGUUUUGCUUAGUCACUUCAGAAAACAGUGGAGAGCCAAUUUAAUUGAAGUUGAAAUGGAGUCACACAUAGUCAGACCAAUAGUGCUGGCAUAUUUCCCUCCCCAAAGCUCAUUAUGGACCAGUUUUGCAUUUAGGAUAAUCCAAAGGCUGUGUGGGCACAUUUACUGCCUUUUAUUUCCUGAACUGAACUCCAAUUCUCAAACUGUACAGACUUUCUCAAUAUAUUCAUUUAGGUUUCUAGCUUAACACUAUUCAAACAUAAGCGUUAUAAUAAAAAUAUAUUUUAAAAAAAAGUAAAGUUACACCAGCAGACCUUUUAGAUAAUGCUCUGGCUACCCAAUUCCCAGCCCUCUCUGUGGUCAGUCCUCAGCCAGUCUGGUGGAUGAUUCUCACAGCCAUUUCCUUCACUGUCCAUGCACCUCCCUUGUCCCACUCCAACUUCCUCCUUCCUAGGACUGAAUGGUGCCCGGAGAUAUUGGCAGCCUAUGAAGAUUUGCAAACCCCCUUCUCGAAGAGAUGUCUGACCUGGUCCCGGAUUUACCUCAGUCAGAAAUCGGAAAAGUUUAGAGCUGGGCUCAACUGAAACCCAAUCCUAAAGAAGGGUUUCAUUUCCGAUUGGAUAUUCGAAGUGGGAAGAAUGUGUGUGAAAGUGAAUAUCUCUCAGUUUACAGAACUCAUUAAACUGCAUUAACUGUGAUUUCUCUGAUAAUCAAUAGUUAAAAGUAUUUGUUUGUGUCUGGCUGUGGAAUUCAUUCAUAGCGAACCAAGCUAGUGAGACUAAGGCUCUCAAACUGAUGAUUCCUACUCCGAUAAUGGCUUUUCUCAAACUAAAGGCUCUUGUAUUUGUUACACAUUGAAUAGGUGUCCUGGCUGGUAUUAUAAAAAUCAUAUAUGUUAGUACAUUCAUCAGGGCACUCCCCACCAAAUACUGGCAGUAACAGUCAUGAGUUCACUGAUAGCUAGUUAAUCUUUAUAAUGUAUUUCCUUCUGAAGGAACUAAAGGUAAUUCUGUAAGACAUGUAUGAUGCAUUAGUAGUUUUUGGUCUGAUAAUAUACCUGUACUGGUAGCUGUGAAAGUCUGACUAUGAAACUGUGCUGGUCCCCUGUACUGCUGCACUAGAACCUGUGCCACUGCUUACAGUGGAUCUAUCACUUCACCUGUACAGGUAGCAAUCCAGCCACUCACCUAGGGUAAUCAUAGUUUCAAUGUACAUCUCUGGUGUUCUGGUUUUAGUGUAACCCAUUUUGUAUUGGUACCUGUACAGGUACCUGUGAUGGUUUGAGACUACUCUUCUGACUGUGCAUCUGAGUUGGUGCCUCCAGCAGUCUGUCUGCAUAUCUGCCUGCACAGAUGUCAACUGUACAUCAGUUUGAAAAUACUUCUGACUGUACACCUGUACUGGUGCCUAUAGUUGUAUUGAUACUGACUACAACUGUAGCAGUUUGACUGUACACUUGUACUGAUGCCUGCAGUUGUACAGGAAUUGCUUACAAAUGUAACAAUGUGUCUGUACACCUGUAGUUGUAUAGGUACUGUCUGCAAUUGAAGCAGUUUGAAUACUGGUGCCUGUAGUUGUAUAGGUGCUACCUACAAUUGUAGCAAUUUGUCCGUACACCUGUACUGGUGCCUGUGUAGGUACUGUCUACAAUUGAAGCAGUUUAACUACACAUGUACUGGUGCCUGUAGUAUUAUAGGUGCUGACUACAACUGUAGCACUUUGCCUGUAUACUUGUACUAAUGCCUGUAGUUGUAUAGGUACUGUCUACAGUUGAAGCAGUUUGACUGUACUGGUUACACACUUUAAAACAAGCCUGACUUUGUAACACGUAGUGUUUAACUAAUUGCAGCUGGUGGUAGCAAGUAGUCCUUAACCUAGUUUGAAUUUCUGUGCCCUUAUUUGCUUCUUGUUUAAAUAAAUAAUAAACUCCCUCCCCUCCUCCUCCCCCCACAACCAGUACCUGUAUUUACAUGUUCAGUAUCUUGUAAUUUCUAAUGAUGGUAUUUCUGGUGAUAAUGUAAAAAUUAUAUAUAUAUAUAUAGGUCUUAAAACUUGAACACCAAAAAGGUGACAACACUAUUGUAAUUAUAAUCUGUUUUAAUGCUGUUUAGUCUGUGUACAUUUUGUGUUCUAUGUAAUAUCUCUUGUGU